UACGGCAGCGACAAUCUGCUAUUCUGCGACAGAAUAAGCCUUGCAUGCCUUGUAAUUGAACAUUGAAUAAUGAGUAAUGGCUGCCAUCCUUGGCAACCGUUGCGGCUGGAAAGCCACACUACAUAUUCAUUCAGUGGUAAUUUCAUUCAAUCAUCACAAGGCUAUAUACGCAGACAAUACUGUUUCUAUUCCAAACAACAACCUCAGAUCUUUGAACUAACAUGACAAAAUGCCUCUUCUUGAUUUACUAAAGAAAAAAGAUAGAACCGCAGGAAAUGAUGCGCAUUCUCCACGCGCCGAUCCAGAAGCUGGUCCAGUUUUCACAUUCAUGAGAAGUGAUACAAAUACACAAGAAGUAAUAUCACCACCAACUUUCUCUUCUUCGGAAUCAUCCCCGCAACCCUCGGUGCCAGUGAACAAACCGAAUAAUGAAUCGCGAACCAGUCGAUUGUUUGGACGGCCCAGGAGCAACUCGCGCGAAUCUGGAAACUCGGGCACAUCUGGCGCAUCGACUUCUUCACAUGUUAGUGAUAGAUCUACGUUGAAAUCAGCGCACAAUAGUAAAAGAAUAUCAGAACGUUUUGGUUUGCGCAAACAUGAGGUAGGAUCGUCGCAUGUUCCCAGUGAUUUACCGGAGAUUACAGUGGAAGAGGCCGCCAUAGGUGAUAAAGAUGCGGAAUUACAGUGGGAGAAGAGAGCUACAAUAUUGGCACAGCAGAAUGAGAGGUCAAUAAGCAGACCAGGCUCAUCUUGUGGCAGUCCACCAGGCCAUAGAAAUAGGAAUUCUGGAGAAAUUCCGAGGGCAUUAAGUCCGGGAAGAAACCCUUCGGGCGUGGUUGCUAGCAGGAAUGUGGAUGAUGAUCUCCAGAAAGCUAUUCGACUUCAUGAGGAAGGGCACUUGGAAGAAGCAACAAAGCUAUUUGAAAGAUUGGCAGACCCUCAUGGUGCCAAUAAUGCUCUUUCUCAGGUCUUAUAUGGUCUUGCUCUCAGACAUGGCUGGGGAUGUCAAGCCAGUCCAGCCGAAGCCGUCACGUACCUUUCGGCAGCAGCAUCAAAUGCAGCAGCAAUCGAGGAGCUUGCGCUGCAAUCCGGAAAAAUGAAAGGAGGAGCUGCCAAGGGGGAGCUUGUCAUUGCGAUUUAUGAGCUAGCAAACUGCUUCAGAAAUGGCUGGGGGGUCAAAAAAGAUCCAACAGCAGCUCAGAAAUACUACCAAACUGCUGCAGAACUUGGAGAUACAGAUAGUAUGAAUGAGGUUGCACGAUGCUACUUAGAAGGAUUUGGCUGUAAAAAAGAUAGAUACCGAGCAGCGUACUAUCUUCGCAAGGCCGAAAAUGCGGGUGUAAAAACACUGGGCAAUUCUUGGAUUUGGAAGGAUAAAUACAAUCCUAAGAAGUAAAAAUCCAAGUACGGAAGUUCUAGAUAAUGAGAACCGGGAGUGGGGUAACUCUUUGGAGAUACUAGAUACUUUUCUGGACGAACGACUAAUGAGUUUGGUUCACGCGUUCUUACUUGUUUUGCUUCGCUAAGCUCCGGGUCGGAUCGAGAGAACGAACGGUCUUUAGUUACUUUAGUUACUUCAGUUGGACUAGGGGCUUUCGCUCGUGUAUUGGCCUGGUAUUGGGUAAUACUAUUCGUUGAUCUUUUAUUUUCAUCGAAACCGAAACGGUCACAUUGGAUUGGUGUCUCGGAGAUCUUGACGUAUUGCACGGUGUCUAAAGUGGGCUGGCUUAUUUAUAUCUCUAUUAAUACUAGUUCUUCCACAAAAUUUCAGC